AUGGACGACCUCUAUCAGAAUGCCUGGAGUGAUCCCGCAGAGACCGGUUCCGCCUCGCUCAAAUCCGACGCCGUCUCAUGGUCUCCGACUAAAGUCACAAGUACCUAUGGCGAGGAAGCCGAUUUGUCUAUGCCAUCGUGGUCUACGGGCGUAGGUGUUACGUGGGACGAGCCUUCUCAUAGUCCAGGUCUCUCUUGGUCACAAGCAGACCAUGACGCCGGAUGGGGGUCAAGCACCUACGAGGGCAUCGCAAUCGGCAAGUCCUCGCUCUCUGCGGAAGUCCCCGCCGAGAUCGACAGCUUGUCGGAAGGCGAUCCUCGAGAGCCUAAAGAUGACGCGGAGCCGGUCGAGGAGGAAGAGCCUACCGCUUCCCGUACGCCUUCUCCCACAUUUCAACCUCUUCCGUCGUCCCCGCCUCCGAAUAUCUCGUCCCCUCCACUACCAGAGCCCUUCGCAGAGUCGCUCCCGCACUUGGAUCCGGAGUCAACACCUGUUCACAGCUAUGACCGCAAAGUGAUACCUAUUCCUGUCGACGUUAUCCCGGCGACGGAGGAUGCCUUCGGAGGGUUCGAGUCGGGCCUGACAACAGGAGAUUCGCCUUCUCCGGGCUUCGCGGCAACUACUGAAGACUCGGAUCCGUGGGGCUCUGCCUGGGCGGACUCGAGAGAUGCGGAGGAGGAAAUCGAAGAGCCCGUGGAUGAGUGGGAACGCGCCGUGCGGGAAAAGGCAAAGCAGGACCGUAUUGUGCCUCCGGAAUUACUGGCCAAACUCGUCCGCGAGAGCGAAGAGUUUGCCAAGGAAGUAUUUUCAGAACCCAAAGUUGAUGAAAAGUCCUCUGAGAAAGACGCGUGGCUCAACGAUCGGCGUAGUGGUUUGGAAGGCGUUCCGGGCUUGACCGCUCUCUCGGAAUCUUAUCGGCCUGCGCUCGAAUUGCGGCCAUCCGCGAAAUUCUCCCAGACAUUGGUUGCGAAACGAAUGGCAUCCUCCGUCAAGCUGACGAAGAAUCUGCCCAUUACAAGACGAAGUCCGAUGUCGCAUUACCUACUGGCAAAGGGUUCUGUUGCUUGGGAGGUCUCAGUGAAGGAACGCAAGGAGGUCGUGGAAGACGAUGUCCCCGUCGGAUGGCGAAUCGUUGAGAAGGCUCCAGUGAUAUCCACAGACGCGACGAAGGACAAGAAGUCCAGUGGUUUGUUCUCAUUCUGGAACCGCCGCCAGACCCCUACUCCCGUCAAUGCCAAUACCACUGCAGCUAGCGCAGGCAGCCGAUCCUCGUCGAUAGACAAGCCACGGAGCCCAGUCGUAGCUGAGCUGAAAGCCGAAUCCACUCGUCCCAGCCAGGAUAGCGCACGGCCAUCCGCCGCUGGCAGUCGUACCUCUCCUACCAGCGAAGCUCCUCAGCCAACACUGCCUGCUCCCACCGCACCUCCGCCCACCACAUCAUAUACCACGGCGUCGGACCCGCUGGCUCUUCCUGGGGAAACCCAAGCUCCGUCUGCGGUCUCACGAUUCCUCAACCGCUUCUCUCGCAGAAGUAGCCUCGGCGGAAACCCCCGAAGCAUGGCGCUCUCCUCCGACGACCUCGAGUUCCUAUCCGACAUUCCGAGCGCGAGCGACGACGUUGAUGAAGACACGAGCGCCGAUGCUCUUGAACAGUUUUUCAACGCUCGUGCACCGGCGAUCCCUGUUCUCCCACCUCCAUUGGCUCCUCCGCCAUUAGUACCGCCGCUUCGGCCUGCCAGCACCGCUAGCCUGCCAUCAACCCUUGCGGCAAAGUCGAUAUCUCCCACAGCGGCUAUAAACGACCUUGAUAUCCUCUUUGGUGCGGCGACUGUGGAGCCGGCGAUCGCACAGCCAAACAUACCAACCCUUGCUCCGCCAAUUUCCCCAUCACGACCUAUGACACCCUCAAAUGGCCUUGCUCCCAGGCCAUCAUCUGUUGCAAGUGGGUCCGCGCUCCCAAACCCCCGCCCCGCAUCACGCGCACAGUCUCCUCCAGUUUCUGUACCUUCCGGCUUCGCUCUGCCCCCUCCACCCUCGUUCCAGCCCAUUAUCUCAUCCGCCACCGUGAUCAAAGUCGCCAAGCCGAAACUUCCCUCCCCUCUUCCGUUGAACACAAUUUCGACAGAACCAGGCCCGAUGUCUGCAUCAUCAACGUCCUCUACGUCGUACGAGACGGCCGGUGAGGUCUCACCAUCAUCACCUACGUCCGCCUUACCCCUGGGCCAGUUAUACCCGCACCUAGUACAACAGGCCCCCAGUCCAUUACCGCCCGGUUCUUCGCAAGCGUUAAUGCCAGAUGGCGAUAAGCCAGCAACUUUCGGGCUAGAGACGCCUCUGGCCUCGAAGUUCUCCUCAGGACCUCACACACCUUCACGCCGCCCACUGGCUCAGCCUAACACCAACCUGUUCGACGACGACGACUUUUCUGACUUCCAGUCGCCAGUGGACGCGUCGAAGCCUUCGCCCGCCGCCCCACCGCCCAUAGCAAAGUCCCCGCCCGCCCGUGCGAAUCGUCUUGUGCACGGCGCGUCAUCGUUUGGCUUGCCCCCACCGCCGGCGCCCUCCGUAGGGUCCAAGGACUCCUUGAACAAUCGAGCGGCGUUCGGUCUCGACGACGACGACUUCGCCGACUUCCAGGAUUCGCCCAUGUCCACUUCGGUCACGAAUACGUCGACGAAUUCUUCCCUGUUCACGAACAGCGCGUCGGACACAAUGCUCCUAACGCCGACGAACGCCUCGUCCACGUUCAGCGGCUUUGACGAUUUCUUCGGUAGCUCGGUCACCAAGUCGGACCCUCCGCGUGUCCCCUUGAAGCCAUCGGCGUCGCUGUACGCCAACAUGCAGCCUCCCCCGUUACAGCCGCCGCCGCCGCCGCCGCCGCCGGGACCGCCUUCCUCGAGCUCCGCGCCGCACCUUCCACCGCCCCUACCCGGGCCAAGGCUGGCAGCCCCGGCGAAACGGUCGCCGCCACCGUCGUCAACGUCGUCGUCAAGUUCGAUGCCGUCAAUCUCCUCCGCGUCCUCGAGCUCGUCCCUGCUCGCGCGGCGAAAGUCCCACGCGGCCGAACACCUCCACACCCUCGACCUCAUGAACCGCGCGGCGGCGAGCUCAGGCAAGCGCUGGCCUGCGCCCGCAUCGCCGCUACCCGCUGCGAUACCUGGGCCCGCAGGCGGUCUGCGGGGCCCGGGCAAGGCGCCGUGGAACUUUCUCGAGGAGGAGGAGGAGGAGGGGACUCGCCCGCGACAUCCGCGGCGCCGCUUGCGGCGUCAUUCUCAUCCCAGGUGCUGCCUCCCCCACCCGUGCCGAACGGAGCAUCCUUCGGGAUGGGCGGUGCAGGCCAGGGCAAGCGUGGCGGAGGAGAGUACCCAACACUGA